GAAUUUCCACAACGGAAAUCCCCAGUGCAGACUGAGCAAACAACGAACGCUGUUGUCCCAUACUCCCAAGUGCCGUCGUAAGACGCUGUAUUGGCGAAGGAAAAGCUGUCGACAAUCGUUCUCUAGCCUGUCGAAUCAGCUGCCCGCAGACGUCCUUCGGUGGUGAAAAGCUCCGUAUCCCAAGGAGCACCUUCGCCCAUCUCUGCCUCCCCAGUUAAGACCGUCAGGAUACUCGCGACACAACCUGUCCUGCAUCUUCGCAUUGUGACCAGGCGAGUCGCAUUUCGCCUUCGUCGCUGACCUCCGUACGAAUCCUUCAAUCCUCCCGUUCAUUGUCCGCGGUGUAUUUAUUGAGGUGACGGGAACCGCAGUCACUACCCCGAUUCCAUCAUGGAAUAUCCUCCUCAAUACCAGCAGCCUCACGGCCAACAUCCGCAUGCCCCGUCCCAUAUUCCCGGCGCAUAUCAAACCGCGGCAGCCAAUGCGCCUCCUCCAGUCGGAUCGAUGACCUCGCCAACGAACGCGCAGGCGCACAUGCAACAAGGACACCCCAAUCACCAGGCGUCCCCGAUCCUUCCGUCGCAGAGUCAUUACCAGCAACCGCAAAAUGCCCCGGGGGCUGUGCAUCAACAGAUGAACUUUCCUCAAUCCUACGCCAUGCCCCAGACGUAUGGAAUCUCUCCGUCCCAGGCAGCGGCCAUGGCCACGGCGGCCGCCUCUGGUCAGUUCUAUCCUCUACAUCAGGAUGCGAUGGCAGGCCAGAUGCAGGGACCUCGCGGCUCCCCCCGGAUGCCCGGAGUGCAGGUCAAGAACGAGCGGAAUCCUCGAUCUCCGCCGCAGGUGCCGGGCCCGAUGCCUCACAUGGCGCAGGUUCCCAUGUCGCAAAAUGCUCAGUUGCAACAGCAGCGUCGCAUGAGCCAUGUGGGCAGCCCGCAUGUUCCUACCGCGCAGCCCGUUAUGAAUCACGUCGGACGACCAUCGGUACCACCCUCGAUGCCGCCUCCGCCGCAGCCGCCCGUUCAGCAGAGCCAGCCUUCCCCCGAAGUAGGCGCCGCCCCGGCUGAGGAAUCUCCCCUCUAUGUCAACGCGAAGCAGUUCCACCGCAUUCUCAAGCGACGAGUCGCGCGGCAAAAGUUGGAGGAGCAGCUCCGGUUGACCUCCAAGGGCCGGAAACCGUACCUGCACGAGUCUCGUCACAACCACGCCAUGCGGCGACCUCGUGGUCCUGGUGGCCGUUUCUUGACCGCUGACGAGGUGGCCGCCAUGGAGAAGAACCAGGCCGCAGGAUCAGCCUCGGGGAAGGAGAAUGCCAACAGUUCCAACGACCACUCCUCGACGGCCCAGAAGCGCAAGUCUGACGCGCUCGGGAACGACAACGAUGCGGCCGCAAAGAAGGCCAAGACAAGGACCAGCGAGGAGAGCGAACCGGAAUCGGCUGGCGUGUCGGACGAGGACGGUUGAACGAAUCGCCUUUUGUCCUCUGGUCCAUUGCACUUGGACCCUCUCUUUCUGUCUUUCUUCUCGGUAUCUACUCUUCAUCAUGGCUGCAGUUAUGGAUGGAUGGAUGUCUGGUAUUCUUCUAGCAAGCGACGUGUGCAUUCUUGUGUGUUUU